AAUUCAACUCGUUGAAUUGGCACAUCAGGAUUACUGUAUAAUUUUUUUUCCCGAAUAGCGUUCAUCCGUCUGCCGUACGCUAUCCCCAAGGCAAGGGGAAGCGAAGAACAUCUCCGCUAGUCUACAUCCUCUCUCUCUCUCUUACCAAAUCCCCAACCCUAGCUGCGAUUUUCCUUCACCUGCCCUUCGUUUCCUUAUAUUUUCAAUCCUUUUCUGCAACCCAAUUUUCAACUUUCGAGCAUAUCGUUUCUGCCUGGAGGGCUCUUCACCCCGGCCCCUCUACGGUUCGGCCUUUUCCUCUUCAGCAGUUUGAAUUUGGUGCUCGAAAGUCGUUUUUUUUUUUUCUUUUUUGUAAAGGUUUUAUUCGACGGCGAUUUCAAUGCUUUUAGAUUGAGAGCUUUUUGUUUGAGUUGGAAUGAUGAGCGGCGCCCCAAGUCGAAACCCGUCUCCGGAUUAGUGUUAGGAGCAGCUGACAAGGCCUGGAAGGUCCAAACCUCUUAGAUCUUUUAUCUAAUCUGUAGUGCGAUUCCCAGUAGAAUGAUGCAGGAACCCUCGCAUAUUUGACACUGUACCUGGGCGCCGACACGGCGCGUUGCUUUUGGGCGAUGACCUAGCCUACCCUUGCCCACUUUUCACUACACCCGGGCGGUACAAGUACUAUGUUUACAACAUGUUUCAUGGGAAGAAUAUUUCAACUGCAAGCAUAGUGCCUCAUGAUGAACAAUGCACAAAUGUUGGAGUUUUGGGUGGAUCUGCAUUGAAGAAUUCAACUCCUAGUGGGGGAAGUGGGAAGCAGCGGUUGCGAUGGACUUCAGAUCUUCAUGAUCGCUUUGUGGAUGCCAUUACACAACUUGGUGGACCAGAUAGGGCAACGCCUAAAGGUGUUUUAAGAGUGAUGGGUGUACCUGGGCUAACCAUUUAUCAUGUGAAGAGCCAUUUGCAGAAGUAUCGCCUUGCAAAGUACUUGCCAGAGUCUCCAGCUGAUGGUAAAGGUUCUAAAGAAGAUCAAAAAGGUUCUGGAGACAGUCUGUGUAGCAUGGACUCCUCCCCGGGAAUGCAAAUAAAUGAGGCGCUGAGGAUGCAGAUGGAGGUUCAGAAGCGUCUUCAUGAACAGCUGGAGGUGCAAAGGCAGUUGCAGAUGAGAAUUGAAGCUCAGGGGAAGUACUUGCAGAAGAUCAUUGAGGAGCAGCAGAAACUAGGCGGUGCACUCAAAGCUAGCGAAAUGUUACCAGUGGCUGAGGAUGAGCCAAAGGCAUCUCAGUCGCACUCACCUCCUGAUGCCCAUCUAGCGCCGGCUUCUCCUUGUAAGAAACGAAGGGUGGGUGAAGGGUUAACAGAUGCCUGCAAACCCUCUCCAAUCUCCCCUAAAAAUGCCCAGAAGCAUGGUUUCGCAGCUCAUUGGGAUCGAGAUUUAUAUGGGAGUGAUGGUGGGUUUGGAUUUGACUUGGAGACACAGUUCAAAGAGCCAGAAGAUGGGGUGGAGCAGAGAGUGCCUCUAGAAUUAGGCCCCAUGUGUUGUUCAAAAUAGAAUACGCCUUGUCAUAGGUUCUUGCUUUAUGUUGUUGUUGGUGUAGCUGUGGUUAGAACCAUGAUUUGUAUGAAUCAUAUAAUUUGUAAACCCAUUUGUAAUUAUAUAUUUAAAUAGAACUUUUGCUUUUCUUUGUUAAA